AUGACGGAUAAUCAGACAUUUAUUAAUCCCAGUGUUCUUCAGAAAGUCCAGCUAUCUUCUGGAAUAGAAUAUGAAUGGAUGCAAACAUUAGGAGAAGUUGAGAUCCAUAUACCAGUACCUUUAGGAACUCGAGGAAGAGAUAUUAGUGUUUUGCUUGAAAAAAAAUCAUUAAAAGUUAGCCUUAAACAGCAAGAACCAUUAAUUCAAGGGGAUUUUCCCAAAGAAAUAAAAUUAGAAGAAAGUACCUGGACGCUUGAAAAUCAAAGAGCGAUUAUUAUACAUCUUGAGAAGAUAAAUAAAAUGGAAUGGUGGUCGUCAGUGAUUCAAGGACACCCUUCUAUUGAUACAUCUAAAAUCCAGCCAGAAAAUUCGAAACUGGGUGAUUUAGAUGCAGAAACCCGAUCAAUGGUAGAAAAAAUGAUGUUUGAUCAGCGACAAAAGGAACUCGGAAAACCCACAAGUGAUGAGCUGAAAAAACAAGAAAUUUUGAAAAAAUUUCAAGAGCAACAUCCAGAAUUAGAUUUUUCUAAAGCAAGAAUUAAUUGAGUUGCCUGAAAUAAAAGAGUAUCGUCAUUAAUAAGUAUUAAAUUUAUGUUAUUUUUAGUGAAUAGUUAGCUAUCAACAUUAAAUAAUAACACAUGUAUUAAUGACAUUUUUUUUGAAAUGUUAAAAUCUGUAUAUAUUAUUGAAAGU